UCCAUACAAUACCGAAGGAAUUGCUGGGUGUAUAAAAGGGCAAUAUCCGUAGUCAAUCGUCAGUAUUUUGCAGCGCCAGUAAAAUAUUCAGUAAAGAUGAGAGCCGCCUGUGUCACACUUUUCGUUGUUGUCGCCGCCCUGGGCCUCAGCGCCUGUCUUGGACAGGAUUGGGAUGAUGUUUACGAUGACGAUAACUACUAUGGGGUUCCACAGUAUUCGAGCGGCGGAUAUGCGACGAGUUACCCUCAGUAUGGUGGAAUGACUUACGGAAAUGGAUACGGACAGGGAUACGGAAACGGAAAGGGAUACGGAAAGGGAUACGGACACGGUUACGGAAACGGAAAGGGAUACGGAAAGGGCUACGGAAGGGUUGAGAGCACUGUUAUCCGUACUCCCUACGUCGCCCCUAUGUAUCUGCCACCCCCACCUGCAGCGCCAGUGGGAGGAUUCGGAGGAUUCGGAGGAGGAUUCGGAGGAGACGAUGGCAUUUUCGGUCAAAACAACGGUUUGAUCUUGAUGCUUUUGCUUCUGCCGUUACUGCUCAGCAACUCCAACGGAGGACUGCUCGGUUAAUUGGUUUAUCCACCAUGUUAUUUAUAUCUCUGCAACUACUAUCUAUAUAUCGCGCAAUAUCAUGUUAUGUUUGGUUCAUCUGUGGAAAUCCGUCUGUUCUUUGUUGUAUUUAAAUAUUAUUGUUGCUGCCGCUCAUCGUUCAUUAAUAAAACAUGUACAAUAAACAUU